GAAAGGAAGUUUUACUUGGAACUCUCGAAUGGCUGCGACACUGGCUACUGCUGGAUCACACAGUCUACUCAAGGCGAAGCUUGGAAGUUCUCCCUCUCCAGAACUUCUCGGGGUCUUCAAGAGGUUUGAUGCUACUGCUGCUGCUAGGCUAGGAUCUCGCGGGGCCGCCGUUGCGAGAUCCUCGUCCUCCGAGUCUGUCCAGAGCGUGACGAAGAAGAAGAAGAAGAAGCUCCCCGAUGCUGCUUGGCCGGUUCUCUUUUACAGAGACUGGGUGGAGAAGUACGGGAGCUCCAAGUUCCACGGGGAAGAAGAGGACGAGGACGAGGUAGUGAGAGUUGGAAGCUCCAGCGAUGGCGAUUCCCCUUCUCGGCAAAAUCUCAAUGGCAGUUCUAGCGGCGAUGAGCAGUCAAAGACGACCGGUGGAAAGAUCUGAGGGCUUCCAGGAAUCGUGCAACUCGUUUCAAAUAAAAGUUGAAAGAGGGUCCCAAAGAACACGAGCUUCUUGUAAAUUAACAAAAAUCUAUGACUAUUUGUAACCGUUGACUA